CAGGCCGGGCCGGCUACAAGCACCGGAGGAACGCCACACCAUCAAGAGUAAGGUCCUGGAGGGUCGGGCCACCUUCCGGCCGGGCCAGGUGCCAGCACUCCACAUCAAGCCAGUCCUGAGCACCGACCAGGCCAACUACACCUGUAGGGUCGACUUUCGAAUAGCCUCGUCCCGCCGGACACACCUGAACCUGCAGGUGGUGGAGCCCCCCGGCCAGCCGGUGCUGAUGGUGGCCGGCCAGAGGAUUACGGAGGGGGUGCUUGGCCCCCUACAGGAGGGCAGCAGCCUCACCAUCACCUGUAGCGUCGUCGGUGGCAUUCCUCCUCCCUCUCUCGUCUGGAAAAAGCACAAUAAGGUGCUGGAGUCGACGGUGGAGUCGAGGACAGGUGGGUUGACAGUGAACCAGCUGAGCCUCCCACACCUGUCCCGGGCCUUCCACAGUGCUCGUCUCACCUGCGUCGCCACCAACAACAACGUCACCUCACCGGUCCACGCCACCCUCACCAUCACCAUGAACCUGCGUCCGCUGCUCACCAGGCUGGAGGAUCCCCCAAAAUCAUUAAGGGUCGGGAAGGAGUACCAUAUAUCCUGCCUCGUUGCCGGAUCUCGCCCCCACCCCAACAUUACCUGGACACUUGGCAACGUCGCGUCUCAUAGCCCCAUUUUAGCUGAGACGGAGCACGGAGUGAACACCAGCACGUCGCUGGUGACAGUGACAGCCUCCAGGAGACAUCACGGCCAGCGACUCACCUGCACAUCAAUCAAUCCACUCUUUCCUGCCUACCCCCUCUCCGACUCCAUCCUUCUCAACGUUACUUGUGAGUAG